CAAACAUGAAAAAAUAAGUCGUUUCGAAUUUUGCGUUUCUUCCUUCAGCAUCAGAAAUCUGGAAAGAGAAUCUGUGUGAUCAGGAAGACCCCAUUCCCUGGCCUGUCCCCUGGAGCACCAGAGAGCAGAACCAUGUCGAUGGUCCAAGUCAUGUCCCAAACCCAAUCGGGUGGGCCACGAGCUGACAGGACUCCUUUCUACGGAAUGAGAAUUCCUGAGGACCUGAAGAAAAUGAUCAAGCCUGCCAAUAAUUUGGACAAGGCUGUAUUCCGGCAGCUUCUGCAGAUUGCUGUGAAGCAUCUGGAAAGCGGUGAAGUCGCCGAGGAAGAGUUCCUAUCUAUAUCUAGUGGUGCGGUUGCAUUGGAAACACUCCGCUGUGUGUUCGCUGGGAUCCUUACAGCCCUGAGGCUGGCAGUCCGGGCGCCAUCAUCACUCAAGUCUGAUGGAUUCAAAGCUGAUCUGCUUGAAUUGAAGCUGCUCCCAGAGCUAUGCACAGACUUGGCCAAGGCAGCGUUUGGCUCAAGACAAGAAGCCAUCAACGAGAGUGCAGUGGCUUCUCGCGUUCGACUUCCGCAUUUACGAUCGCUCCGAUGGCGCGUGGAUGUGUCAAUAUCUACCAGUGCACUAAAUCGUAUCAUGGAACCAAGCAUUCUGGCAGAGAUGACGCUCAGUGAUGGCAGUGUGAAGACAUUUGAGGUGCCUGUGUCCAAGUUCCACGAGCUACGCUACAAUGUGGCCUACGUGCUACGGGAAAUGGACAAUCUCGAGCAGCGGAACAUCCUCAAGAUCCAAGACUAGAACUGUCAGUGUGUGCGUGUGGUGUGUGUGUGUGUGUGUGUGUGUGUGUGUGUGUGUGUGUGUGUGUGUGUGUGUGUGUGUGUGUGUGUGUGUGUGUGUGGUGUGGUGUGUGUGUGUGUGUGUGUGGGUGUGUGUGUGUGUAUGUGCAUGUGUGUGUGUGCGUGCGUGUGUGUGUGUGUGUGUGUUUGUGUACAUGUGUGCGGUUGUCUGUGUUGUCUGUCAAUUUAUCGUAAAUCCUUCAUAUUCUACUUUGAAGUAGUUCAUAAAACAAAUCUUUCAAAGUUCCACACAAGUACCAUUAUCUUAAAGUGCUGUUUUUAAAAGUCAGAGGUUCAUGAAAAAUCAUUUCCCCAACUACUCAUCAGUCUUUUUCAAUAUUAUCUUUAUAGCGUGGACAAUGUAGUCAUCAUUGAAUAGAACCUCUUAUACACAUUGAACACAUCAAAUUAAUAUCUUUUGCUUAUUUUUUUGUUAUGGGCCGAGCAUGGUUGAUGUUAGGCAUGCUCGCAAUGCUUUGCCAUUGGUUGAUUCUAAUGAACAAAUUUGUUGAAUUUUUAAGAUAAUAAUUAUGUCAGUGCUAUAGUGCAGUGUCAGCGCA